AUGAAGCAAGAAGGAAAAAUAUUUGUAGGGAAUUUGCCGUUGCGGGUGAAGAAACAUGAGGUUGCCGAGUAUUUUAGGCAAUUCGGGCCAAUAAAGAAUGUGAUAUUGAUAAAGGGUCAUGAUAAUAUUGAGAGGAAUAUGGGUUUUGGGUUUGUUAUAUAUGGAGGGCAAAUGGCAGGGAAGGCCGCGAUGAAGGCGGUGGAGUUCGAUGGUGUGGAGUUUCAUGGGAGAGUUUUGACCGUGAAGUUGGAUGAUGGGAAGAGAGUGAAGGCAAGGGCGGAGGAGAGGGUGAGAUGGGUGGAGGGCGAGGAUGGGGUGGAGUAUAGAUCCAAGUGGCACGAAGCGAGGGAGGGUUCAAGAACGGAGUUUAGAAAUGUUUUGGAAACUCAGCCAGAGAAUUGGCAGGCCGUUGUGCGAGCUUUUGAGAGGAUUAAGAAGGUAUUGCUUCUUAACAUACACACUUUGGUUGUUUUGGUUGCGUGCUUUAGAGGCCUUGUAAGUAGAGCUAGUAAUAUUAGUUCUAAUUCCGUUGUCUGUUUUGGAUAGUACUGGAUCAGCACAAUUGUAAAGUGAGAGUGUGAUUACCAUUUCAAUAGAACUGUGUGAGAAGGGAAGAAAAAAGAAUGCCACAGAAAUGAA